AUGGUCGGGGCUGUUCCUCAUCGGAGCGCUGCUCUCGCUGUCCUGGUUGGCGGGGCGCGUGCGGUUCGGGCUCCUGCCCAUGCUGCUGGUGUGCCUGUGUUCAAGCAGGCGACGCUACAGGCGGCGCUACAGGCGGCGCUACUGGCGGCGCUACAGGCGGCGCUACAGGCGGCGCUACAGGCGGCGCUACAGGCGGUGCUACAGCGGCACCCCAUGGCCGACUCGGAGACGGCGCACUCUCGAGUGUCCAAACGGCAGAGGGUACGCGAAAUGAAAGCAGCGCGGGUGGCGGCGCUACAGGCGGUGCUACAGCGGCACCCCAUGGGCGACUCGGAGACGGCGCACUGGCUGAACGCGCUCGUGCAGCGCGCGUGGCCCGUGUUCCUCGAACGCCUGCUGUCCACGCAGCUCGCUCCUGCCCUCGCGCCCUGGUUCUUCGAGAAAUACCUGCCCUGGCAGGCGCGCAAGGCGUGGCUGGAGCGGGUGUAUCUGGGCAGUUCGCCGCCCGUCAUUGCUGCUGUCAGGGUCGUGCACACCAACACCCUCGACGACCACGUGGUGAUAGAAGCAGCAACGGAGUUCGCAGCCUGCAGUGACAUGUAUGCGCUGGUGGGGGUGAAGAUGCGGCGCCGCGUGGCGCUGGGCAUGGUGGCACAGGGGCAUGUGUCGGGCGUGCACAUAGAGGGGAAGACGAGGAUUGGGAUGAGGUUCACCUCGGAGUUCCCGUACGUGAGCCGGGUGCGAGUGAGCUUCGUGGGGGCGCCCUUCAUCGGACUCACCGUCAAGCCCUCCGCACACCUCGGCUUUAACCUCGCUGACCUGCCCUUCUUUAGCUCCUGGCUGGAUGAGAUGCUAGCAACGGCACUGGAGUCCUCUAUGGUCGCCCCCAACAUGCUCGUCCUCGACAUUGCCCGCCUCGCCCACCUCUUACUCUCGCCCCCCUCCCCUCCACCUGCCGCUCCCUCUGUCCCUCACUCUGCUCACCCUGCACAUCACCCUUCGCACCACCUGCACCCCCCGCACUGCGCUCACUGCCAUCACUGCGCCCAGCAAGCCAGCCACGCAGCAGGCGGCGCUGCUGCUUCUCCUGCUACCACUGCCACUCCCAGUGCAGCCACAGCAUCCCCCUCCCAGCCGCAACCUCUACCCCCUAUCACGGCCGUGCUCCACGUGGACUCCUCCCGCCCAGUGGCCUUCGUGGCGAUCGAGAUCAUCGAGGCGAGGCACUUAAAGCCCGCCAACCUGGACGGCACGUCGGAUGCGUACGUCAAGUGCGCGCUGGGGGCGGCGCGCUUCACAACGCGCAUCGUGUGGGGGUCUUUGGACCCGCGGUGGUUUGCCGAGUUCACAGCUCCCGUGUUCUCGUGGCAUCUCAGCAACCUGCUCGUGCUCAGGGUGCUCGACAAGUCGUUCCUCUGCUCUAAGGACCUCGGGGUGCUCGACAAGUCGUUCUUCUGCUCCAAGGACCUCGGCUAUUGUGUGGUGGACGUGGGGAGCUACUGUGUGGUGGACGUGGGGAGAUACCGGCAGGGGGGCAGGCGGGAGAUGUGGGAGACGUUGAGAGGGGUGGGCCGUGGUCGAGUGCGGUUGGCGGUGACAGUGAUAAGUACUGAGGAAGCAGAGAGGAGGGAGGAGGAGGAGGUGAGGGGCGUGAGAAGCAGGGAGAGUGAGGGGAGGGAGAGGAAGGAGAGAGGAGCGGAGGAGAGUGAGGGGCGGGAGGGGAAGGAGAGGCAACCGGGUGGGGAGGGUGGGUCAGGAAGAGGGUCCGAUGCUGGUGGUGGGGAGAAGGCAGGGGAGGUGAGUGAAGGGAAGAAAGAGGGACAUGGUAGGUCGAGGAAGGCGGGCAAUGGGGAGCAGAUGGGACUGCGAAGGAGGAUGAGGGGGAGGAGGAGAACGGGAGGGGAGUCAUUGGAUUGGGAACAGGAGACUCGGAAGAAGCAGGAGGGGAGGGGGGAGGGGGAGAGGGGGUUGGGGGAGAGAGGAGAGGGGGAGAGGGGGGCGGGGGAGAGAGGAGAGGGGGAGAGGGGAGAGGGGAAGAGAGAGGAAGGGGAGAGGGGGGAGAGUAGGAAGGGCGACGAAGUAAUGAACUCAGAAAACGAUGGUGGUGUUGCUGAUGGUGGUGGUGGGAAUGAUGGUGGUGCUGAUGCUGCGACUGGUGGUGUGCGAGAGGGGAGGGGCAACAGAGGGGGGCGGCCAACACUGGACCGUGGCUUCCCUCUCAACCGCCCCAACCUGCUUCCGCCAAUACGAGUCACACACCCUGCCGCCCAGUCCCACUCCCACAGCCACGUGGCAGAACAUGACAGGCCGCUGGUCACCGAGAUGAGAUAUGAUCGUUUCCGCCCAUCCAGCUCGUUUCUGACUGCCCCUGGGUCGUCCGAAGGGCAGCAUGGGGCACAUGGAGGCUUCUCUAUGAUGUCUCCUUACAGUGGCCCACAUGGGGGUUCUCUUACCGCUGCUCCCUCCUUCAGCGCUCCAACUACUCCCACUGGCAGGGGCAGGGGCAGAGGCAGAGGGGAUGCAGGAGAGGAUUUAAAGGAGGGGGGAGGGGGAGGAGGAGGGCCGUACUCUCCUCUUGAAGGCUUGUCUGGUGAUGGUGGUAAUGCUGCUGCUGUUAGUGCCAGCAGAGUGUCCGUCGCCCAGAGAGGCAACCCUGUGAGUCGCAUCAAAAGCAGCCAUGCAGCAAGCUCAGCAGUCAAGCACACCACCACCACCUCCUCCUCCUCCUCUUACCACACCGGCCACACUUCCAACUCUGGCAUCUACUUCGUGACUGAAAAUGGAAUAGUGGAUGGCUCAUUGGAUGCUUCCGACACGUUCUUGACAGCAGGAGACUUGUGGGAGGGUAGCGAGGAGGGGGAGGUGGGGGAGGAGCCUCCAAGCCCGUGUUUAUCGGAGCCGUCGCUGUCUGUGCUGCAUGGGAUGGCGUCAGGACAGGCGUUCGGGUGGUGGGGUGAAGAGGGCGCGGGAGGUGAGGAGGUUGGGGAGACGGCUGACAAGACACAGUGGGGAGGAGAGACUCUGUCCUGGCAACACCAACGUCAGCAGCAGCAGCAGCAGCAGCAGCAGCAGCAGCAGCAGCAGCAGCAGCAGCAGCAGCAGCAGCAGCAGCAGCAGCAGCAGCAGCAGCAGCAGCAGCAGCAGCAGCAGGCACGGCCGCGGCCGCGCUUGGAGCGAAAAGCAGCUCUUUCCUUCCGCACCCGCAUGCAGCUGGAGCGGCAGCAGGAGCAGCGCGAUUCCGAAGCAGCCGAAGCAGCAGCAGCAGUGGCACAUGCUGAAGCAGCAGCCGCUACUGCCAGCGCAGCCCGCCAGCUGGACAGAGACGAGCUGGCACUGCUCUCAAGACUCCACGUGGACCAAUCAGAAGAGGUCAACAUUCAGGGGAUCCCGGCAGGCUCGGGGAUCUUGAAGGUCGUUCGGCCCGGAGCUGACCCCGGACCUGAGGCUUGGAAGUGCAGGCAGGGAGGGAGGAAGGCCGAGGCUGAGGCUCGGGAAAGGUUUGUGGAGGAGGAGCAGGAGGGGACGGUGCUGGGUGGACUGGUGAAGGCGUAUCUGAGUGAAAGCUUGCACGGAGGGGGAGAGGGUGGUGGGGGUGGGUCACACGGGAGUAGAGCAGGUGGGGGGGAUGGUGGGAAGGCAGGUUCAACUGGGGAAGAGCAGAAACGAGGGGGGUGGAGGGGGUUGUUUAAACGAUGGAAGAAGGGGAGGCAUGAUAGCGUGGCAGGCACAGGUGAAGCAGCAGGGGCAUCGGAGAGGGAUAGCUUGGCUGGGGACCAAGUGGGUGAGGAGGGGAGGAAAGGAGCGCAAGAGGAAGAUAUUGGGAAGAAAAGGGAGGAGGAAUUUGAUAAGAAAAAUCAUGAAGAAGUGGAGGUGGAGGAAGAGGGCGAGGUGGAAGAAGAGAGGGAUGCGCUGGAUGAGGAGAGGGAGGCACUAGAGGCAAUGGCGUUGGAGAUGUUGGAUGGGUGGCAGGAUGACGUGGUGGGGGGCGAUGCUAUCAGCAGGAGCACCACCACCUCCUCUACCUUUCCCUCGCAGAGCCACCUGCGUCUCACCAGAGAGCUCAUCAAAGCCUGCCACUAG